AUGGCGCGCGUAACGACGACCACACUGCGGUCACUGAGGAGAUGCAGCAGUGAACUGACGACAUCCGCAGCCGUCUCGUUAACGCGAGUGGUGAGGCCAUGGCUCCUGCACGUUUCGGAUAGAAGUGUAAGUAGCAGUGGAAUGAUUGCCUCCCGCACACGCGCGUUGUCGUCGCGCACGCAGCGGCGAACGAUGGGCCAAAUCCUCUCUAGUAGCGGCGGGUGCAGCGCGGUGAGUUUCGCCACAUGGCCAAUCGCCUUCUUACGCGCGACGUCAAGCCCUGCGGUGUGCUGCUGCUCCUCACGCGCCUGGAACACCGACAGCAGCCACGCCGGCAGCCGCUCCUUCGCCAUGGGGCUCAGCAACGACUUAUCACACGACGCGCAGAGCUGUGCGCUGCAGGCGUGCAGCACAUCCCAGCCGAGCGACACGCCGCCGUCGGCAGCGUGCAUCGUGCGCACCAGUGGGUCGAGCGCGGCCUCAUGUAGACAGUCGUCUUGCAAAGCCCAUGUGAAGAUGUGUGCGGCGCGUGUGUGGAAUGACGCAGCGGCCGCGUCGCGCGCAGGGUCCGCCACGCAGCGAGAAAGGGCCAUGUACAACACCGCACGUCGGAUCUCCUCAGUGUGCAGCUGUUCCUGCUCCUGCUCCCUCCUCCCCUCUGUUGCUGCCCCAGUGUCGGUGGAGGUGAGUUGGCGCCACUGCUGUAGUUGGGCUGCAUUUAGCACGCAGGAUGCCGGCAGCGUUGAUCGCUGCAAGUUCUGCUGCGCCGCGCCAAAGAGAACAUACGAGACGCGGAAAACAGCAUCCACGAAAAGUGGUCGAAGUCCCUCCAUUGAAGACAUGCGAGAGAAACACUGCACAAAUGAGACGAGCAGUGAGCGCAGAAGUAAGUCCGCAGCUGGGUACUCCGGCAAUCCAAUCAUAUGA